CUUCCCCCUUAUUGAGUCUCUUAUCGGUGUGCUCUUUAUUAUCCUUUCCCGGCCGGGUAAAAGUUGGGUUUUGGUUUCUUCUUAGUGUUGCUCCCCUCCUGCAGCUAGAAAGUUAUCGCUUUGAGUGAAAAAGAUGGCGUCUUGGUUUGGGAAAAUUGAGACGAUAACUGUGUCCUUAUGGCCGAAGCUCUUUUUGGUUUUUGUUUCUGGCUGUAUUAGGUUUGAUGUAAAGCUUAUAGAAAGAUUAGAACAGGAAUCCGUCGUAGAAAUUAGCUAUUUUGCUGUUCCAUUUCUUCUCGACGUUUGUGGAACUCACUUCGUUUGGUUGCUUUCAUGGGCGAAAGGCACUGGAUUUCUUGUUAUCGGUUAGGUGGGCGACAAAAGCAAAAGGGGGAAGGAACAAAGAACCGCACUGUUGUGGUUCGAUGUGCAUAUGUACUGGUGCUGCAACUGAUGGAGAAGGUGAAAAAUUUCCAACUUACCACCAGCUUGGUUUUGGUUAAAAGAGCUUGUGGUGAAAGGAAACAGUAGGGGUACCAUUUUAUUUCCGAAGUUGACUUCUUUAUUGGACUGGAGGACGGGGAAACAUUGGUAGAGGGGAAAUAAAUCGAGUGAAUAAUUGGAGGGUAUGAUAUCCGUGGAUGUCAUACGUGGUGAGGAGCACUAGUGCUAAUUGUUUCAUCAGCCAACUGGUGGUGCAGCCCUUGAUCGGAUUUGUGGCAGAAUAAACCACCUAGAGAAAGUUGUAUCUUGUAUUUUGCUUCUUUUUUGGCUGUAAGAAGAAGUGAAAGGAAUACCUACCUGCUUUCGAGUCAUCCUUUUGGUGGACGGAGUAUUCUUUAGCCAGGACUGAAGAAGAUAAGGGCACAGGGGAUUCAAUAUGUUCAUGUGCGGAAUUCUGACUUGACAACUGGAGUUCACUUUUCACAAGGUUUGUCAUUUAGGCUGGAAGAGGUCUGAAUAGUUUCUGAAGUUUUCUUAGUCUGUAUGCUUUUAUCUGGAUUUGCCAAGUUGUGUGCACUCUUUUUAAUUGAAUUAAUCCCUGCCUGAUCCAGUGCCUACAAGUUCACUUCUAUUUUUUAAACAUUUUCUUGGGGCAGAAUAAUACUUGGAAAUCUUACUGCAAGUGCUUCUUGGAUGGACUGGGUUGCAAAAAACCCAUUCCAGUGGGAUUGGGAAACUCUGGACUUAUUCUGUGGAAAAGAGAGUGAAAUUUAUAAAACUGCACAGGAACCUGAGUUGAAGAUUGAAGGUGGCAUGGGUAUUUGCAAUGGAUUUGUAUGUUCAUCUGGUGGUGGUGCCUCCUCCGUUCUACAAUUGGGAAAUCGUUCAUCCAAAAGCUCCAUCUCUGCAUCCAUUGAUUCUUUGUCUAAGGCAGAAAAAGGAAAUUCGGACUUCAAUUAUGAUUCAGCUGAAAGGGAUGUUAACAGCUCGAGCAAGAUUAUCUUAGCAAGGGUUGAAGGUUUUGGAACUUCACCGGUACCCUUGGCUGCAGGACGCCCUAAGGAACCAGUUACUGGUUUGAAGCUUGGAAGGACCUUCUUCGAAGAUGGUGGUGCAGAGAAUAACAUCAAGAGCUCAUCUUCAUCUGCUUCUAUGAUCUUGUCUACUGCUGUAGCUAAGAAAUCUAGGGUAUCUCCACAGAAUUUACAAAGCCCUAAAUGCCAGGUAGAAGGUUGUAAUGUUGACCUUACCACAGCUAAAGAUUAUCAUCGCAAACAUCGAGUCUGUGAAAGCCAUUCAAAGUCCCCCAAGGUAAUUGUAGCAGGCCGGGAGCGCCGAUUUUGUCAACAGUGUAGCAGGUUCCAUGGUUUGUCUGAGUUUGAUCAGAAAAAGCGAAGUUGCCGUAGGCGUUUAUCUGAUCAUAAUGCACGUCGCAGGAAGCCACAACCAGCAACAAUCUCAUUCAGUUCUUCAAGGCUUUCUUCGUCAUAUUAUGAUGGUAGGCAUCAUAUGAAUCUUGUUUUUGGUGGAAAUCCUCUGGGUCAUGGCAUGACCAGUUCACCAUUGGAAGAUGACCCAAGCAGCUUCAAGCUUAUUCAACCUAAACACUCUUGGAUAAAGUCAAAUAAAGCAGGAGACGUCAAUGGGCAGCUGCAAUUUUCUAGCACAUGUCAAACACAUAAUAUUUCCACCCUUCACCAUGACUUGAACAGGCUCUUGCCAUUUAAGGGCACCACUGCCGAGGUCCUCAAUCAAGGUCUGGAAGCACCUGUUUUUGCUUCUAGUUUGGGUGGAGCACCGGAUCUUCGGCGUGCUCUCUCUCUUCUGUCAAAUAAUUCUUGGAGUUCAGCUAACCCAGGACCAAGUUCUAAUGUCAAGUUUGUGAACACUCAUCCUGCAGCAAAUACAAUUGAUUCAACUGCAGGGUUUCUGCAGGUUGAGCAGCCUAUCGGACCGCAAUCAACAAUGUUGCCAUUCAACCUGCAAAACCAUAAUGGUCAGUUCCAGGAGUUUCAGCUGCUCAAAGCACCCUACCAGGCUUCUUUCUUUGACUUCACACAGAUCCACUGAUGUCUGCGAUCUGAUGGUCAUGGCAUCGGCUUUGAAUCCAAUGUGAUACUUCUGCCUGUCCAAUAUGUUCUCGCUGUCCUUACCGGACUGAUCAACUCCAGAUGCUUGCAAUUUCUUACCAAUAAUCCUUCUGUGCCGUUGACUUUGAUACCAUCAUCCGGUGAAUGAUCUUAACGUUUAGGCUUCCUUUCCCUUUCUUGCUGGAAAUGCAAGCAUGUCGAUCUCAUCGCAUCUCAUUCCUUGGCAAAUUAUUGUGUCGUCAAAGAAGCUUUCUCUGUGCACCGUCCGUUGAGAAUCGGGUGCACUUUUAAUAAGUGAAGUUUCUUUUGAUCUAUUUAUGGUUACUAUUACUCAAUGAUGAUUGAUACUAAAUUUUCAUAAUUGAGCAUAUUUGAUACUCCACUCA